AUGCUGGUCCUUGUGAUAGGUGAUUUAAAUCUGCCGCACAAGGCAAUAAACAUCCCCUCCAAAUUCCGAAAACUCCUUGUUCCAGGACGGAUCCAACAAGUGAUUUGCACGGGAAACGUAUGUGAUAAACAGACGUACGAAUAUCUAAGAUCACUUGUCAACGAGAUACACAUAGUCAAAGGUGAUUUUGACGAGAAUCGGCAUUUCCCAUCAUCUCUUGUCCUGAAUUAUUCGCCCGUGAAAAUUGGUGUAAUUCACGGCCAUCAAAUAAUACCGGCGAAUGACCGCCUCUCUCUUCUAUUCUGUGCCCAAUCUAUGGAUGUUGAUAUCCUCCUUUCAGGAAAUACGAGUAAAUUCGAAGCCUAUAAAUUUGGUGAGCGGUUUUUCUUAAAUCCUGGAAGUGCCACUGGAACUUGGUCUAUGAGCACAUGCUCGGAAACGAAUAAAGAGACUAUCGGAGAAAAAAAUUCUGCGCAAUCUGAGGCGUCACAUGAAAAUCGCCAAGAAAGCGGCAAAUGCACUAGUAAAGCCAUCACUACAUUAAAUGAUCCGAAGCAUCAAAACAAUCCCUCUUUCGCAUUGUUGGAUAUUCAAGGACAUCAUGUUGUAAUAUACAUAUAUCAGCUUAUCAAUGACGAAGUAAGGGUCGAGAAAAUGGAGUACAAGAAAAUCCUUCCAUCAGAGUAA